UGGGAAACGUCAGCAAUGUCAUUAAUGAGGUCUUCCAAGAUGUCCUCAGAAGUUGGAAGAAAUUAAUAAUAAUAACAAGAGUUAUAAUAAAUAAUCGUGUCUUGCUCGCGAAAGAGCGGCGGCACAAACAAACUCUUUCUUUUUAAUUCGGGGUGUUAUUUAAAAAAAAGUGCAUGGACUGCGUAUUUGCCACUUUGUUUUCGGACUUCCCUGGGCAGUAGAGGAAAGGUCAUGAGGUGCUUCCUCGUCUACGGGUGAAGGCAGCCGUUUGAGUGAAAUCUGUGGGCCGGUGCAGGUGUCGCCACGCUGCCGCGGAGGGACGACUCCACUAUGUUCGCAAAGUUGAAGAAGAAGAUUGCAGAGGAGGCGGCCACAGGCCCUCGACCCGGAGGCCGAAUGCCCCGCUCCAUCAGCAAGGAAUCCAUCACCUCCAUCGGUGCGGACUCCGGAGAUGACUUUGCUUCUGAUGGGAGCAGCUCCAGGGAUGACCUCCCUUUCCAGCUGCUCAGGAGGAAUGGCCAGAUCCGCAAACUGGAGGCAAAGCUGUCUGACUACGCUGAGCAGCUUCGACUUCUGCAGAAGACGAAAGAGAAGCUUGAAAUUGCAUUAGAAAAGCAUCAGGAUUCCUCCAUGAAGAAACUGCAGGAGCAGAAUGAGACGUACCAGGCCAAUAGAGCCAAAAUGGCCGAGGGCAUGGCGCUGGCUCUCGAAAAGAAGGAUCAGGAAUGGAUGGAUAAGAUGGCUCUUCUGGAGAAGGAGAAGGUAGCUCUCUCAUCGCGGCUGAAUGAGAUGAUGGAGCAGAGUCUCAGUCUGUUCCAGAAAAGGGAUGACCUGGAUGAGCUGGAGGGCUUCCAGCAGCAGGAGCUGGCCAAGGUGAAGCACAUGCUGCUGAGGAAGGAGGAGCUCCUGGGCCAGAAGGAAAAGGAGCUUCAGCAACAGGCCAGGGAGCUCCAGACAACUCAAAGUGCACUUGCUGAUGCUCAGGACAAGCUGCGCCUUCUAGAAGAAGAGUGGCAUGAAAGUUCUCAGCUCCAGAAGAAGCUGCAGGCCGAGAGAGAGGAGCUCUUGGGGGUGAGGCUGCAAGCAGACAAGAAGAUCUCAGAGAUGGAAGGCCAGACCAGGGAGUUCCGGGACCUCAUCCAGCAGCUUUCGAAAGACCUCGAGACGUCGCAGAGCAGUGCGGCCAGCCUGGAGCAGUCUCUCCACUCAUUGCAGGCCGAACACGAAGUCUUGAAGUUACAGCAUGAGCAGCACAAACAGAAGGUGGCUAUGGCUGAAGAGGAGAAGGACCGCCUGGUGUUGGAACUCCAGGAGAAAGUCUCCUGCCUGGAGAGGCGUCUGCAGGGGAACUUGACAGAAGAUGAACAUUUGAAGGAGCUGCUGAAGGAGAAAUGUGCACUGGAACAGAAGGUGGAGGAAACGAGGGCAGAGCUGUUGGAGGCACGGACCAGCCACGCGGGAGCGGUCAGCUCACUGGAGGCGCAGAUAUCCAGACUGAAAAGCACUAUGGCAGAACUGCAGACCCUGCUGAGAACCAGAAACGAGAGCCUGCAGUCUCUCAGAGAGAAUAGUGAGGUGCAGGUCACUGCUCUGCAAUUGCAAGUGCAAGAGAGCCAGGAGAAGCUGAAGAGCAGUGAGCAGCAGAUGGCUGACAAAGAAACGCAUAUCCAGCAGCUGCAGGCAGAGUGGAGUGUGACCAGUGAGCGCCUGCAGCAGCAGUGCCAGGAGAAGGUUGCUCGGCUGGAGGCUCAGGUUACAACCCUGGAGAUGGCCCGGGACAUCGAUCGAACCACUACUCAGCACAGGAUUAGCGAGCUGGAGCAGGAAAAGGAGAACCUGCUGAGCUCCAAGAGCGAGAUGGAGAGCUUGCUGAACAGAACAGCUGAGGAGCUGGAACAGGCCAGGGCAGAGCUGGACAGCAGGCAGACCGUAAGCGUGGAGAUCGCCAAGGCCCUGGAGGAGACCAGGAGGCAGAAGGAGGAGCUGCAGGAGCAGGUCGGGGACAUGGCUACGGCGCUCAGCACCCGACAGGAUGAGCUGGCUAAGGUCACAGAGCAGCUGGGUCUCAGGGAGGAAGAGCUGCAGGUCCUGCAAGAGGAGCUGCGGACCACCAAGGCUGACCUGUCUCAGCUGCGAGCAGAGGCGGAGCUCCGGAGCAGGGAGGUGGAGCAGCGGGAGGCGGAGAUGGAAGCCCAGCUGGUAACCCUGAGGCAGGAGGUGCACACCAAGAACCAGCAGCUGGAUACGUGGCAGUCUCGGGUCUCUGACCUGGAGCUUGAAGUGGAGGCCCUAACGGAGCAGCAGCAGCCAUCAGCAGGAGGUGAGAUGGAGCAGAACGGGGCGGUGACAGCAGAUGACCUGGCCCAUGUGCAGACGACCAAUAAGGAACUGGAGCAGCAGCUCAUGGAGAAGAACAAGACAAUCAAGCAGCUACAGCAGAGGCUGGCAGAACUGAAAAGGACCCUUCAGAAGGAGCUGAAACUGAAACCAGAAAUGGAGCCAGAGGUCAAGGAGAAGCGGCAGGAUGUGAAGGCCGACAAGCCAGAGAGGCCUGAGAAACCCUGCCCUGAGAACCCUGUCCCUACCCCUGGCCCAUCCACCACCACCAUCACCACCACCGUGACCAACAACGCAGACCUCAACGAUUCUCGCGAGAUCAACUUCGAGUACCUUAAGCAUGUGGUCCUCAAGUUCAUGUCAUCCAGGGAGGCUGAGGCGUACCAACUGAUAAAAGCCGUCUCCGUGCUGCUAAACUUCACUCGUGAGGAGGAGAACAUGCUGAAGGAGACGCUGGAGUAUAAGAUGUCGUGGUUUGGAUCAAAGCCAUCUCCCAAAGGUAUAAUUCGACCAUCCAUUUCAGGAACCCCAACCCACUGGAGUUGAAGUCGGGGAGGGGGGGUUGAGGGUCCUCUCCUCCCCACCUUCUGUGUCCCUCUGUCCAUAUCCAGGAUGUCACCCCAUCACUGUGGCAACAAAGUUUGUCUUUUCUUUUUAAACAAGACAAAAAACUUUUUAAUAAGGACACCGAUGUAAACUUUUAAUCACUUCCUACCACAGACGGGCACAGUAAAUUGUCUCCUUUUGGAGACUGCGAACUAGUACUUUUUUUUUUUUUUGUACUUUUCUCAUCAUGCUUUCUUAAAGGUAAUGAAGGAUGAUGCCCAGGGACUUGUGCUCCUGAACAGCUCGGAAAAGGACGCAUUUAUUUUUUAAAUCUGUUUGCAGGUGGUGAAGUGUAGUUUCAAAAUGGUUGGUUUUUUUAAAUAUAUGUAAAAGGGACUGCAGGCAGCUGUCACACCUCUCACUUUUGGGGAAGAUGGCUCGUCACACAGCUGUGACUGACAAAUGUUUGCGUUUCCACAGCUGGUGGAGCUCAAGAUGUCUGCUUGAACCCUACACCACACGCAGCCCAACCUGCCGUCCUCCCGGGCUCAGAUAACAACGGGUUCAGACUCUGUCUUUGUGUUGGGAUUUCUGUUUGGUUUUUUCUGCUUUUUUGUUGCCCAGGGCAACAGGGACUUCAUAGAGAUUCACUGUAUUCCUCAUGAACUGGGAAUGGGCUCACAAAGGCUGACUGUGCCACUCUGGCCUUGUAACAUCAUGAAAUAUUGUGCUUUUUUCACAGUUUUGGUGAUCUUUUUGGAUUUAGUCUAAAAUUCAGAGUUUCCACAUUCUCUGAAGCGCUGGCCACCAUUGGCCAACAGCUUCAGUUUUCUAAAGAUGAAGACGAACGGCAUUUAAGAUGAUGUACCUUAACCUGCCUUUGUGUCUGUGUAAAAUACAUUCCAUAAGACUAUUUAUAUAUCAAUAACUGUAUAUAAGCAUUAAGAGGUUUAUAAAUGAUGGGAUGUGUAUUACUUUUGUCAGAGCUCUUACAAUAUUUUCUCUUAUUACUAAUAAGGUUGUGUUUAAUUCAUCUUGAGCCUUUGCUGAGGAACCUACCUUGUUCCGGAAGCAAAGAUGUUUUUGUGUGUCCAAACUGCAUCGGGAAGAUAAUCACCUAUUUGAGGAGGCAAAGAAAAACAGUAAUGCAUGCCUUGUAUUCUGGCAGUGUUUGUUUUCAGAGAUCAGCGACUCAUUUUCCCGGCUUAUCAAUAUAUAUCAAUAUUCAGCAGUACUGCUGUAGUGCAAAGUCCAGCUGUUGAAACUAUGGAUUCACCAAGAAAACUGAUAUAGGAUGAAUUCAGGACUCAUCUCUGUGACACUACACUUUACUCUACACUAAGUCCACUUCAGGGUCAUAGGCUGCAGUCUCUGCGUACCUCAGGUACGAGACACCGAGCCGAAGUGUUGUCUCAGAACCCUCCCAAAAGUGUUAACAGCUUAGGUUCUGGGCACGUGAUCUGACAUGCAACAGGCAGGUUGGCUAGUGCCAUCUUGAUGUACCGUCAGUGGAAUUCUCCACAGCAGCGUGAUCCAGACGGAGCAGCUUGUACACUUUUAGUCACAUCUAUUACCCGGUCCUAGUUUGAAUUUUCUUUUUGAAAACUGAAGUACCACUACAGAUACCCACCAAUUCUUACCUUGGGUUUUGUAUAUUGUAAAGAGAAUCUGGAGAAAUAAUUGUGAAAUUAUUCUUUGUUUCUUAAUGCUGCUUGGGGACUACUUUAUAGAUGUGUAAACAUUCAUUUGGAUUUGAUUAAAGUUAAUGUCAUGUCUUUGAAUGGCUGUUUUUAGUAAGUGGUGUUUAGUUUAUCCCUUACUCUUUGGAAAGCAGGGAUGUUGAGGUCUUGACGGUGCUAAUUUAAAAAUCUGUAACAUGACUUUGAAAGAGGGGAUAAACACACAGAAUCUUUGUGAGAAUGAGCCUUGAGUUUUGGGACAGUUGCUUUUUGCCAGUUAAUCACACAUUGAACUUUUGCCAUUGACCUUCAGCCAAAAAUGAAGAUGGAUGCCAUGGCAACAUGUCUUUCCCCUGUCAGUGAGUACACAUCUUCCUGGGGGGAUGUCAGACUGGACUCCCCUCCCCUUUUACAUUUAUCCAUAAGUUGGGCUUCCCAACAGUUCUUAGCAGCCUCUUAAAACACACUCCAGCAUGCAUUGAGUUUUUACACCAUUCAUGUGCUUUUUCUUUUCCCCCAUUAAAGUGAUCAUGUUCAGAAUGACUUAAUA